AAUGAAACCAAAUGGAAUGUAAUUGAAGCUACUUUUUGCCAGCUUAACUCUCAGAUUAAUUUCUGGUAAUCUGCUAUUUUCUCCAUGUUGACAGGUUCCAGAUGGAUGAUCCUGAUCCCUAAUGCAGCCUGGUCAUGAGUGAAACUUGGGUGCUCCAUACACUGCCAAACGGAGCUGGGAGUUGUAGUAUAGUUGUACAAGAAUUUUGUCAGAGGGCUGCAAACUAAGGAGGGAAGAAAUCUUUACUGCUGAACAACGCAUUUGUGGCCCUUGCUGCACUGCUGGUGGGGUUCAGCCGCGUGGCAAAAUCCUUUGAAAUGAUCUUGCUAAGCAGAUUUUUUGCUGGCAUCAAUUCUGGAGUGGCCAUGAGCAUCCAGCCCAUGUACUUGGGGGAAAGCGCACCCAAGGAGCUCCGGGGAGCCGUGGCCAUGACUUCAGCAUCUUUCACAGCCCUCGGCCUGGUGCUUGGCCAGGUGGUCGGACUCAGGGAAAUCUUGGGAGCAGAAGAGAGUUGGCCUAUCCUUCUAGCCAGCAAUGUGGUGCCUGGGUUGAUCCAGCUGGUGCUUCUGCCCUGGGCUCCAGAAAGCCCUCGCUACCUCUUGAUUGACCAAGGAGAUCAAGAUUCAUGCAUCUCUGCUCUGCAGCAACUGAGGGGCAGCAGUGACCUGAGCAGCGAGAUGAAAGAACUCCUGGCCGAGCAGGCAGCCCUCCAAGGAGAGACAACCAAGGCACCCUGGGAGCUAUGGAGAAACCGGGCUGUGCGGUGGCAGUUUAUCACUGUGGUGGUGCUCAGCAGCGCCAUGCAGCUCUGUGGCAAUGAUUCUAUGUACUUCUACGCUUCGUAUGUGUUCCAAGAGGCAGGGAUUCCAUAUGACAAGAUCCAGUACAGUGUUAUUGGCACCGGGAGUUGUGAGCUUAUCAUGUCCAUGACUUGUAACCUCCUCAUCGAGUGUGUUGGGCGACGGGUGCUGCUCAUAGUGGGGUACAGCCUCAUGGCCACCUGGGCCAUCCUGUUCAUGGUAGCGUUAUCUCUACAGGACCACCUCAGCUGGAUGCCUUAUCUCAGCAUGGCCUGCAUCUUUGCCUACAUCCUGAGCUAUGGCAUCGGACCAGCUGGUGUGACAGGAAUUAUACCCACGGAGAUUUUUGAUCAGGUCUCCCGCCCGGCUGCUUACACAAUCAGCGGUUCUCUGCUCUGGAUCAACUUAUUUCUAGUGGGCCUAGCAUUUCCUUUUGUGAUGGAAAGCCUUGGCUAUUACUGCUACCUACCAUUCUUCACGGUCUGUGUUGGAACCACUCUCUAUGUCUGGUUUUUCCUCCCGGAGACGAAAGGAAAGAGCUUCCUAGAAAUCUCAGAAGAGUUUGUUAAGCGUAACUUUGAAUGUCAGCCCUAUGACGAUGCUUGGGUGUAUCCAGAGGAAAUUAUAUCCACUAGGUUAUAGCUUCAAAAGGAAGAACAGCUCACAGAGAAGAUAUAACAAUGGCAUUUCUUUUCCUGUGAGGAUAACAUGGGAUUCUUCUUCAUGGUGUAAAAAUCCUCAUUUCCUCCUCCCUUUAUAAAAUCUAUGUAUGAAAAGUGGCCUCCCAGGGCUGGGGGAAGUGUAUGUACCAAUCCAGGCUCAAAAUAGAAGUAUCCUGAACUAAAUGGUUCCCUCCCAAUACCAGUCUUGUUUCUGCUAUGGAAAAGAGAGCUACCUUCUGUACUCAGAAACUUGUCAAAAAGAGAUGCAACCUGAAAUAAGGAGAAUUUUUUUGACAGUGAUAGUAAUCAUUUGCCAUAGUCAGAUUUGGAAUAUAGCCAGUUUGUUGUAGUGGUUGAAGCACCAGGCUAGAAACUAGGAGACAAUGAGUUCUAGUCCUGCCUUAGGCACUAAGCCACCAGGGUGACUUUGAGCCACUCACGCUCUCUCAGUCCUAGAACAAAACAAGGGCAAACCAUUUCCAAAAUCUUGCCAAGAAAGCAACAGUGAUUGGUGCCUUGACCAUCAGGAAUCAAUGCUGACUCAAACAUACACAAGGACAUACAAAUUUAUUGUCCGUAUACAACUAACUGGCAGCUCUGAAUACAAGAUGGGAAAAGAUUAGGCUUAUAUAGAUAUUUACAAGCUGCCCAACUUAAAUACAUAAGCUAAUUAAUUUAUAAGAAAAAGAAUUUAAAAGCAUCCCCAAAUUAAAUGAAGAGAGGUUAAAUAAUGCAAAAGAAAGCAUAACAUAAGAAAACCAAACCAAGACCCCCUACAGGUGUUCCUAAGCUUGUGACCACUCACUCAGCAAUCAUUCACAGUUAUGAUGGGGCUGAACAAGAGCUGGUCUCAGGACCCCAGCGGUCUCAUGAUCACAAUUCAGGUACUUGGAAACCAUCAGGCAAUGGUUAAAAUGGUUGUAGCACCCCAUAGUCACAUGAUCAUCAUUUUUUACCUUCCCUGCUGGCUUCUUGCAAAGCUCCCACAGGCCGCAGCAGCUGCCCACCUGCUUGUACUACAUGAUGCUUGCCCAUGGCACCCACCUGGGCUCUCCCAGGCUUGCCUGCAGCACCUCCAACUUACCCCUCUGUAGCUCUCCCUUGCAGUUG